GCCCCUCUCACUGGCUGGAAGAACGCGGGGGGAGGAACUGGGCUGCAAAGGUAGCGCAGGCGAAGGGGCGCGGGCGGGACCAGCGCAGACAGGGGGGCUCCGAGGGGAAAGCAGCGAAAAGCCCGUCCCGCGGCUCUGCCCCGACCGUGGCAGAGUUGCAGCAGGCGGGACUGGCAGGAGCCCGCCCCUCCUCUUCCUCCCGCCGACGGGGUUCGUUCCUCCUCUUCUGCAAAGAAAACACACAAACAACAACAAAACAGCCCAUGUCAAGUCCCCGACGUCUCCGGGCCCCGCAGUAGCAGCGGCCGCUCCGCAUUCCUGGGAUUCCAGGGCUGUGACUCCGCGCUCCAGCCCCACGCUCCACAGCGACUCCGACACGCACUCGCUCCGCAGCCGCCGCCUCCGGCCCCAUUCGCUCUCUCGGGACGACAAUCCCCUCCCUCUCUCCUUCCCCCACCCCCGCGGGCUGCAGCGGGAGCCCACGGCUCUCUUCACCGCCUGCAAACUCCCCUCCCGGCCGCAGCGUCCUGCCUCCGCCUCCCCAAACUCCUUCAAACUUUCCCCGCCGCAGCGGGGACAACAUUAUUGGGUGGGGGUCGCUGGUUUAGUUUCCCUCCCUCUCCUCCGGGAGCCCCCAAAUCCGGCACCACCCUGAUUUCCCCUCGGCCCAGCUGAGCAGCAAUCAGCUCUUCCCAGCAGCACCGGUUCCUACUUUGUCCCCCCCUCACCAGUUGGGAACCCUCUCCCGGUCAAGACGGAAACCUUCUCCGCUGGGAAACCCUCCUGGGUGACUUGGAACGAAGCCUGAGCUACCCUUGUUGCCUUUUCCCGAGGAAGGGGGGGGGCGGCAUUCCCAGUGUCCCUGCCCGAGAGGAGAAGCCGCCUCUACAUGUAAACCCAGGGAUCCCUUGGAGUUGGCCCUGGGCAUGGACAACUAUUCCCAGUCCUGGAGGAGAGUAGUAACUAGUGGAGUGGCAUUCAAGAGAAACCAAAAAACGUGCUGAGGAUAUCCAAAGUGUGACAGGAAGGGACAGCCUUCCAGCCCAACAACCAUGCCUUUCGGGCUGAAAUUGCGACGGACCAGGCGCUAUAAUGUCCUGAGCAAGAACUGCUUUGUGACACAAAUCCGUCUGCUGGACAACAAUGUGAUCGAGUGCACACUCUCAGUGGAGAGCACAGGACAGGAGUGUCUGGAGGCAGUGGCCCAGAGGCUGGAAUUACGUGAAACACACUACUUUGGCCUUUGGUUUCUCAGCAAGAGCCAGCAAGCACGAUGGGUAGAACUGGAAAAACCUCUGAAGAAACAGCUGGACAAAUUUGCCAAUGAGCCUUUGCUUUUCUUUGGGGUAAUGUUCUAUGUGCCCAGUGUGUCCCGACUGCAGCAGGAGGUCACAAGGUAUCAGUAUUACCUACAAGUGAAAAAAGAUGUUCUUGAUGGUCGAUUGCGUUCUUCGUUGGAUCAGGGGAUCCGGCUGGCUGGCUUAGCUGUGCAAGCGGAUUUUGGUGACUAUAAUCAGUUUGAAUCUCAUGAUUUCCUCCGAGAAUAUGUUCUGUUUCCUAUGGACUGGACUCAAGAUGAAGCAGUCCUGGAAGAUCUGACUCAAAAGGUAGCUCAGGAACAUAAAACUCAUAGUGGCGUACCAGCAGCAGAAGCUGAACUUAUGUACAUCAGUGAAGUGGAACGUCUGGAAGGGUUUGGACAGGAAAGCUUCCCUGUGAGGGACAAUCAUGGAAAUGAUAUGCAUCUUGGCAUUUUCUUCAUGGGAAUCUUCAUAAAAAAUAGAAUUGGAAGGCCAGCAGUGAUAUACAGGUGGAAUGAUAUUGGGAAUAUAGUACAUAACAAGUCUUCAAUCAUCGUGGAGUUGAUCAACAAAGACGAAACCGUGCUCUUUCACACAGAUGAUAUUGAAAAUGCAAAAUAUAUUUCACGGCUGUUUGCUGCAAGGCAUAAGUUUUACAAACAGAAUAAAAUCUGCACAGAACAAUCAAGUUCUCCUCCCCCUAUCAGACGGCGGCCCACCUGGAGUAGGUCAUCCUUGCCAAGACAGCACCCAUUUAUACUGCCGCCUAUGCAUGUCCAGUGCGGAGAACACUAUACUGAAACAAACAACUCACAAGACAGCAUUUUCCAUGGAAAUGAAGAAACAUUCUAUUGUAGGUCUCAGACCAGCUUGGACAGGUGUCCCAUGGACUUCAGCUACUUAAAUGGUAAUGGGCCAAAUGGCAGUAUGUGCAGUGCCCACAGCAUGAACUCCCUCAACCGUUCACAGAACUUUGUUCAGGCGUCUCCAAUGUCCUCCAAUCUCAGCAUCCCAGGAAGUGAUAUCAUGAGAGCAGACUACAUCCCCAGCCAUAGACAUAGUGCAAUCAUAGUGCCGUCCUACAGGCCGACGCCAGACUAUGAAACUGUCAUGAGGCAAAUGAAGAGAGGGGUUAUUCACAUGGAUAGCCAAAGUCAAUCUUUAAGGAACCUCAAUAUUGGAAACACACAUGCUUACAACCAACCAGAAGACCUGGUUUACAGCCAACCUGAGAUUCGAGAGAGACAUCCCUAUACUGUUCCUUAUGGGCCGCAUGGUGGUUAUAACAAACCUGUUGCCCCGCCUGACCAAAUGAACCCUAAUAAUGCUGUGCAGAAUAAGGCAGCAGCCAGUGCCAUAUCCCACACAGUUAGCACGCCAGAACUUGCUAACAUGCAGCUGCAGAGCAGUCAAAACUAUAGUACUGCCCAUAUGUUAAAAAACUACCUUUUCAGGCCACCACCUCCAUAUCCACGUCCGCGUCCUGCCACCAGCACACCUGACCUAGCGAGCCACCGUCAUAAAUAUGUCAGUGGCAGUAGCCCUGAUUUGGUUACUCGGAAGGUCCAGCUCUCAGUGAAGACAUUCCAAGAGGACAGCUUGCCAGUGGUUCAUCAGUCACUCCAGGAGGUUAGUGAGCCCCUCAUGGCAGUCAAACAUCAUGCAGCUUUGAACAAGCGCCAUAGUUUGGAGGUCAUCAGCAAUAUGGUACGUGGUAUAGAAGCUAUGGCUUUAAAGACUUUAAAUGCCCCUCUGCCACGUAGAAACACUUUGCGAGAGCAGGUGCAGCCAGAAGAGGCAUUGCAGGUGGAACAUGCAGUUCAGCAGCUCCCUUGCUACCAUCACAAGAAGACGUUCUCGAGUGCCACAAUGCUGAUACACAGCAGUGAAAGCGAAGAGGAAGAAGAAGCUGCAGAAUCAGUGUCACAGAUAGCACCGCUCCACGAAAAUGUGGAAUAUAGUGCUCAGUUGCAAGCUGCUUUGGCUAGAAUACCAAAUAAACCUCCUCCUGAGUAUCCCGGGCCACGGAAAAGUGUUAGCAAUGGAGCCCUGAGGCAGGACCAAGUAAACAUUUCAGUGGCUGUAGCCAGGGCCAAGGCCAUGAGGCCAGGGCCUACCAAGGCCAUUAGCGUGUCUCGAACUGAUCAAAUGACAAUGAAUGGGUCCUCACUUGGACCAUCUAUCUCAGAGCCUGACCUCACGAGUGUAAAGGAGAGGGUCAAGAAAGAACCAGUGAAGGAAAGGCCUGUGUCUGAAAUGUUUUCUAUCGAGGACAGCAUUAUAGAAAGAGAGAUGAUGAUGAGGAAUCUAGAGAAACAGAAGAUGGCAGGCCUGGAGGCCCAGAAGAGGCCCUUGAUGUUGGCAGCGUUAAAUGGACUCUCCGUUGCUAGAGUCCCAGUGCCUGAGGAUAGCCAGGAUGAAGUAGCCAAGGUGCCAACGGAUGAGAGGUGCAAAAUCUUGAAGAGGAAGUUGGAAGAGGGGAUGGUAUUCACCGAAUAUGAGCAAAUUCCAAAGAAAAAGGCAGAUGGGAUCUUCACCACUGCAGCAUUGCCUGAAAAUGCUGAGCGCAACCGCAUCAGGGAAGUCGUUCCUUAUGAGGAGAACAGAGUAGAGCUGGUGCCAACCAAAGAAAAUAAUACAGGCUACAUCAAUGCCUCGCACAUAAAGGUUACUGUAGGUGGGGAGGAAUGGCACUAUAUAGCCACACAAGGACCUUUGCCACACACAUGCCAUGACUUCUGGCAGAUGGUGUGGGAGCAGGGGGUGAAUGUUAUAGCCAUGGUCACAGCUGAAGAGGAAGGAGGAAGAAGCAAGAGUCAUCGCUACUGGCCUAAACUUGGCUCUAAGCACAGCUCAACCACGUAUGGGAAGUUUAAGGUGACAACUAAGUUCCGCACGGAUUCUGGAUGCUAUGCUACUACGGGGCUGAAGGUCAAGCAUCUUUUGUCUGGGCAGGAGAGGACAGUGUGGCACUUGCAAUAUACUGACUGGCCUGAUCAUGGUUGCCCAGAAGAAGUCCAAGGAUUUUUAUCCUAUUUGGAGGAGAUACAGUCAGUACGUCGCCAUACCAACAGUGUGUUGGAUGCUAGCAACAAUUGCAACCCGCCAAUUGUGGUUCACUGCAGUGCAGGUGUGGGGAGGACAGGGGUGGUUAUCCUAACAGAACUGAUGAUUGGCUGCUUGGAACAUAAUGAAAAAGUGGAUGUUCCGGUGAUGCUGAGACACCUGCGGGAGCAGAGAACGUUUAUGAUUCAGACCAUCGCUCAGUACAAAUUUGUCUAUCGAGUGCUCAUCCAGUUCCUACAAAACUCUAGACUCAUUUAAUCUCCUUAGAGAUCCCAGAUGCAGUAUUUGUGGAUUGGACUGAACCUUAUUGGCAAGAUAGACACAUUCUUUUGACAAUGUGUCUUUUUCAUGGUGUGCAAAUAUUGCACUUGCUCAAGUUGCCUCAAAAGUAAGGAGUCCUUGUUCUUCAGGAGAGAGUGCCACAAAUUAUUUUGUACAAGGUAAUUUAUUUUUCAUGGAAUAACUUGUGAAUUUCUUGAACUUGUAAAACUUGUGGUGAGGUUUGGAUUGACAUAACUGAUCUGCAUUGCCAUGUGUCCAUAGGGAAGGUCAUCCUCUCCAGGGGUGUUCUGUUGACCUGUAUUCUGUUAUAUGGUUUAUGAAACGAACAGGUCUUCAGGGAAUGGCUUUUUUCCAGUAAAAACACUUUAGAGCCAGUUUUGUGGCUUUUACCAUGAAAACAAGACCUGCUAAAAGUCAGUUAAGACUCUGUAAUGGGCCAAAUCCAAUGAUAAAUACAGAGAAGAUACAAUGCAGAGAAGCCAAAACUUGCAUCCCUAAAUGAAUGAAUGGAUGGAUGGAAGCAUUUGGGGGAGGGAUAGCUCAGUGGUUUGAGCAUUGGCCUGCUAAACACAGGGUUGUGAGUUCAAUCCUUGAGGGGGCCAUUUAGGGAUCUGGGGCAACUAUGGGGGACUGGUCCUGCUUUGAGCAGGGGGUUGGACUAGAUGAGGUCCCUUCCAACCCUGAUAUUCUAUUCUAUGAUUACAAAGCAGUAGGGUAUUUCAGGCAUGAAUGCUUGGGGUGUGGCAGUAUUCCUUGGGUUGAAGUGGUUUCCAUCGUAUACACGGUUUACAGUUUUGUUCAAUGGUUCUGCGCACCCCCACGAUAAAAAUCAUUCCAACGCCACUGUAAUAAGGUAUACAGAGAGCUUGGAUGUUCAGAAUUUGGCAAGAAUUACCCCUGCAGCUUAGUACUUGACAAGAAGCCAUAUACACCUUAGUCAUGACCUUUAUUAAUACCCACCAGCCUUUGAUCCCUUCCUAGAUAAAGAGCUGUAAUACUCUUGCUAGGGCCCUGAACCCAACCACGCUGUAGUCAGUAGGAGUCUUUCGAUCAACCUUAGUGGGCUUUGGAUUGAGCAGUAGAAAAGAGUCAGCCAGUUGCAGCCCAGAAAAUAGAAGUCAAACAUUGUUCUCAAAAAUGACCAACGCUUUCAUUGUUGUCACAAGGCCAAAUCCCACUCACCUUAUUCAGGCAAGGAAUGUCAUUAAGGUCUAGACAUCUCAUCUCCAAUCGCAGAGUUUUGUUUUCUACACGAAUCGUUGUCUCUGUCACUUAGAUGGUUUACUUUCUAGCCCUUCGUACAGUGCCAUAGUGAUCUGUGCUCUCUGACCUAUAUCCCUGUGUUCUGUUUACUGUCCUGGCUGCUGCCAAAAUAGUGAGCUGAAGUUUUUACAGUCUGCUCCUGCCCUCGGAUUCUUUCCCAGUCAGUGUCUUGCAGUUUAUGAUCGUAUCACACACUAGCCAUUCUGGACUGGCAAGCUUUACUUUCUUAGCUUUCAUUCCCCCAACCCAGCCCCCUGCAUUAAAUUGCAGAGGCCAUUUGCCCAUUUUUAUCCCAGGUCUCUUUGUAUCCUUUCUCUCCUUUUAUUUAUAUUCCAGUAGCCCCUGAAGGCCCCAGUCUACUACAUCACAUAAGGAGAGAGAAUCCCUGUCCCGAAGAGUUUACAAUCUGAAUAGACAAGACAGACAAAUGGGGAGAGAAAGGAAGUGUUAUCCCCAUUAUAGAAGUAGGGAGGUGAGGUACAGCUACUUUAAGUGAUUUACCCAAGGUCACACAUGAAGUCUGUGGCAGGAGAUGUGGGUUCCAUUUGUGACUCUAAAUCCCAGGACAGAACCUUAAUCACCAGACCAUCCCUUUCCUCUCUUUUCCCUCUACCUUCCCUUGAUACUGGAUAACUGUUCCACAUCCUUUGUGCAAGUUUCCUCCUCUAGGUCAUUAAAUUAUUUCACUGAUGCCACACGUUCACUGUGGAUCACUUUGUCCCAAAGUGAUAGCUGCUGUACUUAAUAACUUUUUUUUUUUAACAGUUUAGCUGGGUGGUGCUGACUUGUAAAAAACCAAAACCACCAUAUCUUAGAAAACUUGGUACAACGGGUCAGAUUCAAAUCCGGUGUAACGUACUGGGCUCAGUGGAACUGCAUUUGCUUUCAUCAGCUCUCAGUUUUAGCCCCAUAUGACUGACAGCCCUGAUCUUGUAGUGCAGGUUCAUGAGUGCACUCCCAUGGCGACCCCCGGAAGCCAGGGACAGGAGUCCACCAGCGUACAUCACGCUGCAAGGCCCAAGCAGGCUUUGCUUGAAAUACCAGAAAACAUUAGAGAAUCCAAGCGUAAAUGUGGUUUCAGUCAAGAGUUUGCUUUAAAUGUAUGCAAGUGACACUAUAUUACAACACUUGUGAAAGAAAUGGAUGGAAGAGCAUUUUGGGUCUGGUAUAGUCACACGGCAGUAUUUUUGUUGGGCCGAUUUUCUGUUAGUUUUGAGCAGAAAAAAGGAAGCUUAACUUUAAAAACUCUACCCAGGCCAUUGCUAUUACCUGACUGAGCUUGUACAAUGUAUAAAUCGGGGCCAAAUUCCACACUUCGCCCAAAUGACAGAAUUUACUGCUGUCAUCUGUGUUUUAUUUGUUUUAUCCUGGCGAGCCAUGACCCAUUUUAUAGCUUCCACCUAUCUUACUCUAGAAAUAAUCUAAACUGGAUGGGUACAUAGUGACUGUAGGUGGGUUUAGAGCCAUGCUCCCUAACCCCUAAUCUGGAAACACCCACCGUAGUCCAGCAAGCAGAGCCUGCAGUGUGUCAACUUUAUAGGAGAGCCAGGAUUAGGGUGAAACAUUGCGCUCAAUAUGGUCACCGCCAGCUGCUGCUUUUUCAGAACUUAUCUCCGGGACUUUGGCAGCCAAAUGUAAACUCUUCUGUUUGUUCUGAUUAAAGCUGUUUGCCAAGGCCAGGUAAUUGUUUUAAACAAAUGGUUAAAGGCUCACUCCUACAAGGUUCUGAGUGCCCUCAACUUCAGUUGGGAGUGGAGGACACUCAGAUCAGAUCCUCAAAGGUAUUUUAGAUACUUAAUUCCCAUUAGGCACCUAAAUAAAUACCUUUGAGGCUCUGGGUCUGAGUGCCUUACAGAUGUUGUCUAUGCUGGUAGCUUGGCAUUUACAAUAAGUGGUGAAGGUAUAAUGGUGAGAAAAGAAGAGAGAGGUUUCAGUUCAAGUCACCAAAGGAUGGUUAGGAGAAAUAAUAUAUGCCUAGUUAAACUAUCUUGAUAUUAUGUUUAAGAAUCAGUUGUUCUUCAGUCAUCUUUAGUUUUUCUCUAAUACCUUCUGCUAGUGCCAACAUCUCUCUUGUUAAAUUAGCAGCAACCAUUUAAAGUCUUUUCAGUGGCAUCUGCCUGGUAAUUGCACAGAGAUGCUUUAUAUCUGGGAAUCAGGCCAAGGAAUAAACCUUGAAGCAAAGUGUAUUACAUUAGUUAUCUUGUUAUAGCUUUUUGAAUAAUUUCCUAAUGAUGAAUUAAGUUUGAACUCAGCGCUGUCAAGUUCCAUUGCUCCAUUUGGAUUUGAAAGGUAGAAAAUCAGAAGGGAAAAUAAUUUGUUCCUGGGUCGUAUUAGUCAGAUAUCUUGGCUGAAAUGUAUAUGACUACUGCUGCUUUGGAUCUUCUGUAAGCACAGGAAAAAAAGUUAUGAGAGAGCAUACAUAGCUGUGUUAAAAAGGAAGAAAAUUCAGCACUGUUGUCAUUAUGUGGCUUUUUGUAGUGCAAAGGCACAUUAUAGGUUUCUUUAAAAAAAUUAAUUACAAAAUGGCACCAAAUGCCUUUCCCAUGAGCAAAAGGUGCCUAUUAAUGAGCCAGAGAGAUGGUAACAUAACAACCACUUUCAGUCGGUUACUAAAAUGGUAGCUGGAGUCCAAGGUGACUCACUCUUUCCCUUUUAUUGAAAGCUUGGUAAUUUUAUACUUUUCCUUUUUUCUGACUUCAGUGUAUUUUUUCUGCUAGAUUUUAUCUUGAUUAGAUCAGCUAGCAUCUUAGAUGAACUGAGAUGGUGUAUGUCUCCAGAGCUUCCUCUCUAGUCCCAUUUGUAACUGUAACUUCAUCAUGCCAGGGUUUCACAAUUGAGAGAGGUGAAUCUACCCCAUAUUGUAGAGGAAAAACUGAAUCUUCUGAUGCUGAAGGACUUCAGCUUUAUCACACCCACGUUCCUUGGAACAUAUUUUCUUAACCUUAAGGGAAGGACAGGAAUAAGCAUUUUCUAUCCAAUUUCAUUUGUUACAGUAGAAAUGAAAGCAUGGAACUUAAAGGAACAGUAUCUUUUCAUUUCUCUCCCACAGUUUUAGCAUCUGGAGCUUUUAAAAGGAGAAUGAAAACUCUAGUUAUAUUUGUGGUUUUCAUGCUGUAUUAACAUCAAAGCAUGGGCAAUGGGUAGUUUGCAAGAAACCACUUUUAAAGCACCAACUCCCACAAAUUGAACUGCACAGCAACUUGAAGCAAUUCUGAAAACUAAUUCCAAAUAGACUUCUUCCAACUCUUGCCAGUUCCUAUCUGACAUACUAGCCCAUGCUAUAUCCCUGUUGAUGUCUUAUGCUCCUUCAUCUCCUUCAUAAAAGGGAAUCUUGAGUAGAUCAAUAAGCCUGCAUUCAUUUUUUUUCUAGAUAAAAUGUUACUGUUUAACAGCCAUAACUUUUUUGGUUUAAUAUUAAACAUUUUGAACUGCUAAUAGUUAACAUUGACCCCAAAUUCCAUAGUGCCAAAUUCCCCAGCUCAUGGGCAGCUCAUGCUCUCAACUUCAUAGAGGUCAGGGAUGGGAGAAAUGGCUUUGCUAAAUUUAGAAUCCACUCAUAAAUAGUUUGAUCAGAACUCCAUAAGUUCUGAAGUUUGCAUUCCACUGCUCUGUUCCUGGCUGCCUCAACUUCCCUCUGCAGACCUGCCACAACCCGCCAUGCCAGCAGCUGAGUGCUGUCUCUUCAGGAACCCUGAACAUGACGUGAUUUGAAGGUACCUGCUGCAGAAUUUGGGGCCAUUGUGCCAUGCACAUAAAUGGUAGAUGGGCAUGUGACCAGGCACAAGUAGGGCAGGGUAGGGUGAGACUCUGCAUGCAAGAAUACCUAGCUUCACAGUCUGAUACAAUGGUCUGGACACUGAGUUACAUCCACUUGGGCCCUGGCUAGGUCCCUAAGCACCAAACAGGGUUUCAGAGUUAGUGGAAUAUAGUCUUAAGGCUUUCAUACUAAACCUGAUGUAACUUUGUAUUGUAGGUGGAACAAAUACAUUCACUUCACUUACAUUAACAGUGGUCAGCUGUUUGCUUUGAUCUGGAUUGAGAGGACAGCAGGCUGUGGUUAUUCUUUCACUAAUUGCACCUGCUCACAUUACUAACACAGUCCAGACAUUUAAACCAAUUUCAUUGAAGGACGCUUCUGCCCCCUUAGCUGUGGCUUAUUUAUCUGUCGUCCCAGCUCCAAGUAUCAUUCAGUAUUUAUAGAAUUAAAAACAUAGUUUUACUCAUUUCAUCUAAAUUGACAGGAACACAAGUUGUGAAGUGUAGAACAAGUUGGAAAUGUGUUGCUAAGUCUAGGUACUUCCACAGAGAAGAUCUUUUAAAACUAGUACAGAAAGUGUAUGUUUUGUUUUUUAAAAUCUUUCUUUAAUCUCAGCAGCACACAUUGACUUGUUAAAAUUCUGAUAGAUCUCUUUUCAGGAUGGCAUGGUAACUUCCCCUCUUUACUGUGAGCCAUUUUAUCAGUGGGGAAAAGAAGCAAAUUCAUGACUUACUGGCCAUAACAGCUUUAUUCAACAGUCUGCCUCUCAAAGCUUCUCAGGGGGUGGGACUAUGAUCGAAUUGGUUGUUGUCAGAUCAAGAAUCUGCAACCUACAUGCCCAGGAAAGGAACAUACUAGCAUUGAUGGCAGUUGCUCAAGGGAAUUUCCUGUGCACUGAUUGGAAAAGUGAGUGAGUCUAGGGUCAAAUUCUGCGACCAAUGCUUAUGCCAAAUAGCAUCUUCUUCUAUGAAUAGUCCCAGGGCAGCACCCAUUUAGAAUCAGUGGUAUUUCUUGUAAACAAAGAUGCUAUUCAUUGGGAGUGAGGAUGCCAUAAUCUGGCGCCACCUGAGGAUUAUUUGUAAAUUUCAUUUUCAAUACUCCUUGUGAAAGCGGGCCUGAAUGAGCUUGUCAGCCUGCUAACACUGAUAUGGACUCUAGCGUCAACAGGAUCAGGCUCAUUGGGCCAAAUUCUGAAUGAGGCAGAGCAUCUGCAGUCCCCACGGCAUCAAUGGGAGUUUCUAGGGCCUGACUUCUCCUAGAAUUUUUCAUGAGUUUAGAUAUUGACUUCAGCGAAACAAGACUGGACUGCUCAUUUGAUGGGAGGGAAUGGCUUGGCUGCUAUGUAUUCUGGACUCAGAAGCUUGAGGCUUUAGGGUAAAUUCUUUUAGGAAGUUUUGUUUAACCUUUGUUUUGAUGUCAAUUGUUAUUUACCAGACAAUGUGUGUCAAAAAUGUAAGUAUUUAUAUUUAUCCAAUUCUUCCAGCAAAUAAAACCAUCACAUGCUC